AUGGGAAGGCAAAGCGGCAGAUAUGAGAUGGCGACGGAAUCGACUGGGAGGGGAGGUGAAGGUGGUGAGCGAAUGUAUAGUGAUGCCAUUUGCAGUUUUGUUAUCUGCAAUGAGUCUUCUCUUCAGAGGCAUCAGAUCAUCUUUAAUCCAGACUUCUUUGUGGAGAAGCUGAGACAUGAGAAGCCUGAGGCGUUCACUGAGCUUGUGGUCAGCAAUAUUACCAGAUUGAUUGACUUGCCUGGAACAGAGCUAGCUCAGCUGAUGGGUGAGGAAGAGCCCCAAUUACCUGGUGGAGUUAGCAUUUCCUCAGGUUUUUUCCGUUCCUUGAUGUCUCUUAAACGCAAAGAGAAAGGGGUAGUAUUUGGAGCACCACUGACUGAAGAAGGUAUUGCUCAAAUAUCUCAACUCAUUGAGUAUUUGCAUAAGAAUUUACGGACAGAAGGCUUGUUCCGAGUGCCAGGAAACAGUACUAGGCAACAGAACUUGAAAGAAGCUUUGAACAGUGGGACAGAGAUUGACUUGGAUUCAGGCGAGUUUCAUUCCAAUGAUGUGGCCACUUUGUUGAAGAUGUUCCUGGGAGAAUUACCAGAGCCUUUGUUGACUCACAAACAUUUCCAUGCACACCUUAAAAUUUCAGAUCUGAUGCAGUUUGAUGACAAGGGCAACAAGACCAACAUUCCAGAUAAAGAGCGUCAGAUUGAAGUGCUGCAAUUGCUCUUCUUGAUCUUACCAGCUCCCAAUCGCAGUCUGCUCAAAUUGCUAUUGGAUCUGCUCUAUCAGACAGCCAAAAAACAGGAUAGGAACAAGAUGUCAGCACAUAACCUUGCUCUUAUGUUUGCACCUCAUAUUUUGUGGCCCCGAAAUGUGACUACCAGUGAUCUGCAGGAAAACAUUACCAAACUGAAUAAUGGGAUGGCUUUCAUGAUCAAGCACUCACAAAAACUCUUCAAAGCUCCAGUAUAUAUCCGGGAGUGUGCCAGGCUGCAUUACUUGGACUCCAGAACUCAUGCCUCAAAGGAUGACCUGGAUUUGCCAAUGCCCCUGAGUUUCAAAGACUUUCAGCUUCUGAAAUUCAAAAAGCGAGGGCUCUUAGAUCCUUCUGCCCACCAGGAAGACACACAGCAGCAUACAGAAGAAGCACUGAAAGAGCUUUUCUGCCAUGUUCAUAAUAUGCCAGACUCUGCCAAGAAAAAGAAGCUUAUUCAGCAGUUUCAGAAGCACCCUGAAGCCCUUACUCCUCAGACAGUUAUAUCCACACAGAUUCAGAAACGUGCCCGUACUCGUUCCUUCAGUGGCCUAAUCAAGCGUAAAGUGCUGGGAAGUCAAGUGAUUUUAGACAAAAAGAAAAAUGAUACUGUUACAGAAUCUGCAAGCACUAAGGAUUCAAAGCAUGGCAGUAAGGAGAAUGUCAGCAUGUUGCAGAUACCUGCUUCUUCUCCAGCAAUUAAUGUGAUACGAGCUAAGCUGAAAUCUCUUGAGCACAGGAAAGAGGAUGCCUGCAAACAUACUUGAUUUCGUGGAACUUCAAAACAAGAGUCUUCCACUUGAGCUUCUAUUUGAUGGUGUAUAUGUCCAAUGAGAAUUGCAAACUUGUGGAUAAUAUCUGUUUACUCCAAGCUAUAAGCUAAGUGUCAGGACUCCUAGGUGUCUCUAACUUCACUUACUGGAGCCUGAUCUACAGCUAUGUGCCUUCCAGAAUAACAAGACUUUUUCUUUUAUAAGGACAUUUCUGUCUGCCCAUAUGUUGAUGGACUGGACGAUAUUUGGAGUGUAGCCUGUCCUUGAAGAGAUGCUUGUUUAGUAUUACUUUUGUUCCCAGCUGUUCACCUUUUUGACAACUAUUUGAGACUUGGUUUGCAACCUCUGUCUAUGCUCAUGUCUACUGAUGAUGUUUUGUUUUUAGCGAGGCUAUUUGUAAUGUGUCUUGUUUUUUUAUCUGGCAGUUCCCAUUAGUAUCCACUAUAGUUAAUUCUUGUUUGCAGCUAGGCUCCUCUUAUGAUCUUUGGAAAUUGCAGUUCUGUGGUUAUGACCAGGAUUGGAAGAGGAUUAGUACACUUAACUAUCUCCCAUAGAUUGCUGGGGCCACUCUCAUACCAGUUGUCCAAUCCCUGAGCUAUCCUGACACAUUUUAGAUCAAAGGUAUAGAGAAAUUGUGCUGUUAAUCUCUAGAAAGUGUCUCCCUUUAACAAAAUAUAACAGGCCUCCUUAUUUGAAUUCUACCCACUCUUCUGAAUCAGUUACAUCUUCCUCCUCUCACAGGACUAGUGAUUCCAUUUCUAAAUGUACUUGCCCUGAGAGUGCCACUCUUAUUUUCUCAUCAGUGCUGAGAGAACAUUUUGGAUGAAGCUCCCCCAGCACCACCAUUACAUUUCCAUUGUUUGCAAUCCAGGCUCUGACUCACAUUUUCAGGCAGGGCCAAGGAGCUGACAGUUUAAUGACUAACAAUCUAUUGGAAGAAUGCUAAAAGACAGAGGAGCUUGUUAAUGUGGAAGGCAGCUGACUUGCUCAUUGGGAGGGCGGAAAGGCUGUCAAAUUAAUAAAAGAAAUGUUUCCUUUUUCUUUUGUUGAUAACAGAAAAACACAUGUGGGAGGAGGAUGCACUGAUACAGCAGUGCUGCUGUUUGAGUAAAAAAAAGACCAUAGCAAUAUUGUAACAGCUUGAAAUUGCUAAGUUUCUCCCUGCUCUUGAAGGGUCAGGAAUCAGCAUUGGGCUAGGUGAAUACUUCUGCCAUCUUACCAGAAAACACACUGCUAUCUGAAACUUUCUGUAACAUGAGUUUCAUUACCCCCAAAAAAGAGAAGGCUAUAUGCUAUUUUUUGUUUCAUGCUGAGGUUUUGUUUUUAAAUUUCAGUAGGUUACUUUUGCCAAAAUAGUGAAGGUACAGUAUAUGGAACAAAGCUGGUUUGAUUUUUAAGGAUAGGGUGGAUAUUUGGGUUCUUUAACUAUAAGGACUGAGCUUUUUCUCCUCUUUUAAAGGGGUAGGCUUCUAAAUCUGUAGGACCCUGCCAAAUAAAUGUAUUGCUGAUAUAUACAGGGUGUUCUGUUGCAGGCUACAAAUACAGACACCCCCAAAUCUACUUGUCAGUAAUUUGAGCCAAACAAUAAAAUAGCUGCUAACAUUGUGAGGUCAUAGGUAAGACUGAGAUUAUGCAAAGAAGAGUGAGGUAGGGAAAGCAGCAGAGAGGAACACUCCUUAAGUGUGAAGUUCCCAUUCUUACCUUGAUUUGGUCGCCUUUUGCUACACUGAGAAGAAUCUGACAGGAAGGUGUCCAAAAAUCCAUCAGAAUCUUAGACGCUUUGCUUGAAAGCAAGGCCUUCUUGUGCACCAUAGACAAGUCACUGUCACUGGUAGAUUUUAUGUAACACCAAGCCAUUGUUUGGUGCUACAAGAGCAAGCCCUGCGUUCUUAUACUUAACUAUAAUCCUUCUUAUGUGUUCUGUCUAAAUUAGUGAUUACAUUGUGGCAAACCAUUUUUUUAGUUGUUUGCCAUUCAAACUGGCAAAGUCUAGUUGGUAUCUUCCCCUCCAUAUCAGAAUUGCAAACUUUCUUGGAGGAAAAAAUGCAAACUACACCUCAUCAGUUCAGAUAUAACUGUAAAGUGUAGUCCUCUACAAGCCAUGAGAUAACUAAGCAUAGUGUGCAAGAGGAGGAAGUGGAUGUGCAGCUGAUUGGUUAGUAUGAUAUGUGAACUGUUCUAUCACAUAUGAGGAACCUAUUGUAGACUGCUCCCAAAAGCAUUGCCUAAACGCUUAAAAUAUUAAACUCAUUGGUAAUUCAGAUCUUUGAUCUUAGAAUGGGCAAUUCUAGAACAGAUCUAGAAUAAUUGCCUCCAAGAACUGUUACAUUUUCUUCUUAACCUCAUCUCUUUCACUUACCUAUGCAAUGUAAUAUUGUAAAUUAUACCCUUUUUUUGGUAUAAUGUGUUGCUCUAUCUGCUAAU